AUGGACCCAUCUAUGCCAAUUGUUAUCGAUAACGGUACCGGUUUCGUUAAAACUGGUUACGCUGGCUCGAAUUUCCCAGAGCACGUAUUCCCUUCAAUCCUCGGUAGACCAAUCCUUAGAGCCGAAGAGAGAGUCGGUAGCGCAGAAAUAAAGGAUCUUAUGAUCGGUGAUGAGGCUGAACAGUACAGAACUUAUCUUCAAGUCACCUCCCCACUCGAGCACGGUGUCAUCAAGAAUUGGCCUGAUAUGAAGAAAUUAUGGGACUACACUAUUUAUGAUAAGCUCCGUAUUGAUCCUUCAGGCAGAAAAGUUCUCCUUACCGAACCACCAAUGAACCCACUUGCAAACAGAGAGAAGAUGUGUCAAGUUAUGUUCGAGGAGUACGGCUUUGAUUAUGUUUACAUCGCUAUUCAAGCUGUAUUGACUCUUUACGCACAAGGUCUUCAAACAGGUGUUGUCGUGGACUCUGGUGAUGGUGUCACCCAUGUUGUUCCAGUUUAUGAAGGUUUCGCCCUCCCUCAUCUCACAAAGCGUCUUGAUGUCGCAGGUCGCGAUGUCACCAGAUACCUUAUCAAGCUCCUCCUCAUGCGUGGAUACGCUUUCAAUAGAACGGCUGACUUCGAAACAGUCCGUGAAAUUAAGGAGAAGCUUUGCUUCACUAGUUAUGAUUUAGAAGCAGAUAAGCAGCUCGCAGAAGACACAACCACUUUGGUAGAAUCUUACACCCUCCCUGAUGGUAGAAUCAUCAAGAUAGCCAACGAGCGUUUCGAAGCGCCUGAAUGUAUGUUCCAGCCCCACCUCGUCGACGUUGAGCAACCAGGUAUUGCUGAAUUACUUUUCAACACCAUUCAAUCAGCCGCUGUCGAUACUAGAUCUGAAUUAUACAAACAUAUCGUCCUCUCAGGUGGUAGCAGUAUGUAUCCGGGUCUUCCAUCACGUUUAGAAAAGGAGGUCAAACAGCUUUACCUCCAAAACGUUGCUGGUGGUAAUCCAGAGCGUCUGAAGAAUCUCAAAAUUCGUAUUGAGGACCCACCACGGAGAAAGCAUAUGGUUUUCGUUGGUGCUGCUGUUCUUGGUCAAAUUAUGGCACAACGUACCAACGAUUUCUGGGUCUCAAGGCAAGAAUGGCUCGAAGAAGGCCCAAGAGUUUUGCAAAAGUUACACUAA